AUGGCACCCAAGGGAGAGAAGAAGCCGGCUGAGAAGAAACCGGUGGAGGAAAAGAAGGCCGAGAAAGCUCCGGCGGAGAAGAAACCAAAGGCCGGGAAGAAGUUGCCGAAGGAAGCCGGUGCAGGCGUCGAGAAGAAGAAGAAGAUGAAGAAGAAGAGCACUGAGACGUACAAGAUCUACAUCUUCAAGGUGCUUAAGCAGGUUCAUCCCGAUAUCGGAAUCUCCGGGAAAGCCAUGGGAAUCAUGAACAGCUUCAUCAACGAUAUCUUCGAGAAACUCGCUACGGAAUCGUCGAAACUCGCUAGGUACAAUAAGAAGCCCACGAUCACUUCCCGGGAGAUUCAGACUGCCGUCAGACUCGUUCUUCCCGGAGAGCUCGCGAAACACGCCGUCUCCGAAGGUACCAAGGCCGUCACGAAGUUCACCAGUGCGUGA